GCUGGAAUCGGGAUAAUUUGCAGAUGAUGGGAAUUAUACUGCACUGUGCUGCUCUUGGUUUCCUAGAGCCCUGUUGGUCCAACUCCGGACAAUUUGAUGAUAGCGGUUUUGGUGGGAGCCUGUUGCGUGUGGCAUGGGCACUGGGGAUUAUAUCUGUGUAACGGUGCGCGGAGGCGCGCCCUGGGGCUUCAGUCUCUGCCAAGGAGAGGGGGAUGCCUACCGACCUUUGCAGGUUUAUCAGGUGGAAGAGGGGGGUCGUGCGUCCCUGGCCGGGGUUUGUGAGGGGGAUGAGGUGGUGUCGAUGAAUGGAGAACCCUGCGGUGACCUUUCCCUCCCAGAAGCUAUUGCUCUCAUUGACGCCUGCGUCAACUGCCUGCAAUUACUGGUCAAAAGAUGCUGUGCACUAACCCCCGAGGCAUUUAAUUCAGAGGAGACCUACUUUGGCACAAGGGAGUCCUCUGGUGAGGCUUUGGAAAGCACCAACCUCCGCAUCCUGUCCCUUUGCAGGUCCCAACCACCCAGAGAGCUCUACAUCGCUGAGUCCCAGGAUGAGACCUACUAUGGGGAGACGGAGAGUGACACGGAGGCCGCCAGAGGGACCCAUCUGGUCCGUACCCAGCUCUGCGGCCCAGAGUCCCAGUUACUCGGAGGGGGAGGGUACGGAGGUCGAGUAGGACCCCAGGGAGGGAGUUUCUCCCCAGGGGCAAUGGUGGAGCUCCAGUUGUCCCUCUCUGAACACACCCUGGAGGAUCCUGUCUGCACCUCCCUGGGGAGUGCUCUUGGAAUAGAGGGGGAGAUCCAGGCGAGAGAGGCCCUCCAGAACAAGGCCCUCCUCCAUACCACCACCCACUCGCUCUACGUCUGUGGCCCAGCUAGGGAGCCCCUAAGUCAGCAUGGAGUGGUGGAGAUCACCCUGCAGCAUCCCGCAGCCGGAAGGGGUUCUCCAUGUCUGGUAGAGGGGGAGGGUGCCUGUGGGGCCAGUGGAAAUGUUGGUGGAGCCCCCAGGGAGGAAGGAGCAGGGCAAAGCCAGGGAGCUCCUGCCUCCUUCACUGUCUCCUUCGGAAUUCCCAAAGAGGGUGCCGAGCCGGCAGAGGAGCCAGACUCGGAUUCGGAGAAGGACCUUGGGAAACCCAACAAGCACCGGGCCAGGCACGCCAGGCUCAGGCGCAGUGAGAGCCUGUCAGACAAGCAGGUGAAGGAGGCCAAGUCUAAAUGUAAGCGCAUUGCUAUUCUUCUGAACGCUGACGCUCCCAACCCCAACAACAAGGGGGUGUUGAUGUUCAAGAGGCAUCAACAGAGGGCCAAGAAGUACACACUCGUCAGCUACGGCACUGGUGAGAGCGAACCAGAGUACGAGGAAGACGACAGCGAGGAAGACUACGAGGAAAAAGACCCCCGAGCGAUCAAAUUUACCCUCUUAGCCACCACAAGCGAUUCAGAGCUUGACGAGGACUUCAUUACUAAUGCCCAUGGUGGAGGCAGAGUGAUAACCUGCGACUGGGACACGGGACUACUCAAUAUCGAGCGCAAGCUCAAUUCCGGAGAGGAGAUGGAGCAACUGCCCAACACCACAGGCAAGGGGGCCACAAUGUUUUCCCAGCGCCGCCAGCGCAUGGACGAGAUCGCUGCCGAACAUGAGGAGAUGAGGCGCCAGGGGAUUCCUGUGGAGGGAGUGCAGGAGGUGGAGAAGCAUGCAGCCUACCAGCAGAUGGAGGAGCGCUCGUACAUGCAGGCCACCACAGAGAGCCAGGCCUACAUGGACGUGAACAUGCACCAGAAGCAGCAGCAACAGUAUCAGCAGUUCCAAGAACAGCAGUAUUACGAGCAGCAACAGCAGCAGCAGCAGCAAUACCAGCAGCAGCAGCAAUACCAGCAGCAACAACAGUACGAACAGCAGCAAUACAACCAGCAGCAGCAAUACCAGCAGCAACAACCGUACGAGCAGCAGCAGUACCACCAGCAGCAGCAGCAAAUUCAACAGUACUCAUCUAACAUGAAUGGCGUCGCCAACCACCAAAGCAAUGAAAUGCAGAGUUCCAUGAGCAAUCGAACCCCCCAACCCUUCUCAGUACAAAACCAGGUGCCCAUCCCAUUUCUUACCCCAAUGAGUGGGAACAACCAAGAAGCGAUGAGUCAGGGGGAGCAGAUUGCCUCACGCGACGAGCGCAUUUCAACGCCGGCUAUUAAGUCUGGGAUCUUGCAGGACACAAGGAACAGAUUCAAGGGCAAGCCAAUGUUCAAUUUCAAACAGGCUCCCAAAGUUCCACCCAACCCGGAGCUUAUGAAUCUCCUCAACAGGAGUGACAAGAAGUUCGAUUUCGAGUCGGCUACGGAAGAGGACUACCUUAGCUUGGGGGCUGAGGCUUGCAACUUCCUCCAGUCACCAAGGGUCAAACAUAAGACGCCUCCACCAGUCGCUCCCAAGCCCAUCAUUAAUCCCAACUCUCCGCCUUGGUCCCCUCAGCCUGAGCUGGCCAACCAGGAGUUGCCACUGCAUGCUGAAAAUAGUGUCCCCGCACCUGCUACAGCCUCCGAGCCGGAGUCCGCCCCUGCUCCAGAACUGGAUCCAACCCCUGUACCGGCCCCAGAACCCUCCCCCCCUCUUGCACCCCAGGAAGUUCCUGCCAACACCCCCUCUCCAGAAAAACACACAUGGAGUCCCCCAGGGUCCCAGGCAGAGCAGCAGCCCCAGCAAGCGCCAGCCUGGGGAAGAAAUGGACCUUCUCCACCUCAGCCUCAUUCACAACCCGAGCCUCAAGUGAGUUCUAAGGCUCCACCACAAACACAGGCACAACAGCAGCCACAACUGCAGCCACCCGUGAGUACUUGGACACCUGCUGAAAUGAAGCCCCAAGCUCCAGCUCCAAGUCAGUCCCCACCACAGCUCCCUUGGGUGACUCCCCAACCUCCUCCUCCUCAGCCUCAAGCUCAGCCUCAGCCACCAAUUAAUUAUUGGGCUGCCCAGCCCCAAUGGGCUCAACCUCAAGAGCAAGCACAGGUCCAACCACCAUGGGUUCAGCAUCAAGAACAAGUACAGCAACAGCCCCAGUCACAUUGGGUUCAGCCUCAAGAACAAGUUCAGCAACAGCCCCAGCCACCAUGGACUCAGGCUCAAGAACAAGCACAGGCCCAGCCACCAUGGGUUCAACCUCAAGAACAAGUCCAGCAACAGCCCCAGCCACCUUGGGCUCAGCCUCAAGAACAAGUUCAGCAACAGCCCCAGCCACCAUGGACUCAGCCUCAAGAACAAGCACAGGCCCAGCCAUCAUGGGUUCAACCUCAAGUUCAGCAACAGCCCCAGCCACCAUGGGCUCAGCCUCAAGAACAAGUUCAGCAACAGCCCCAGCCACCUUGGGUUCAGCCUCAAGAACAUGUACAGCAACAGCCCCAGCCACCAUGGGGUCAACAACCUCAGCCUCCACAACAGGCUUGGCCCCAGGCCCAGGCCCAGCCUCAGCCACCUUGGAUGUCAUCACCUCAGCCUCCAAUGAAUGCAUGGACACCACCACAGAGCCAGGCCCAGCCACCACAGCCACCUUGGGCCCAAUCAGCCCAACCCCAACCUACAGCUCAGCCCCAACCCCAUAUGAAUACAUGGUCCCAAGCACCUGCUCAGGCUCAAGCACCUGCUCAGGCUCAGGCUCAAGCACAGCUACCCAUUAAUGCCUGGACCCCAGAUCAGAAUCAGGUCCAGCCACAGUCACAUUGGGCCCAAACAACUCCAACCCAAUCCCCAUCCCAGCAAUGCUGGCAACAGCCACCUCCACAGCAGACACCCCCACAGCCACCUAUGAAUGCAUGGGCCCCGGCUCAGGCACAGCCUCAGACACACACAAGUACCUGGGCCCCACAACCACAGCAAGCCCCAGUAAAAACCCAGACCCCGAUGGACAGAGUGGCUCAACCUUCUCCGAAACCUGGGAAUGCGCCACAAAAUGCUGCCCGUUCUAUUCCUCCGCCUCGCCCACAGCGAAUGAAUUCUUACACACUUGGAGAAAGGUCAUCGUCACCCCUCAUCAAUCCAAUGGCCAGCGUGUUGGUACCAGUGCGAGGCAUGGGCUCAGCUUUGUCGAUGCCGGCUGUUACAGGGAAAGGAGCUGAUUUGUUCGCCAAGAGGCAGUCUCGUAUGGAGAAGUAUGUAGUGGAUUCGGACACUGUGCUGGCAGCCACUGCACAGGCAGCCCAGCAAGCCCAGGCAGCCACUGCACAGGAAAACAAGGCAAGGUCCACAUCGCCCUCUCCCUCCGUACCUCAUUCGUGGAAAUAUUCACCCAAUUGCAGAGCUCCCCCUACAUCAAAUUACAACCCCAUACAAUCCCCAUCCUACCCACCAGGGGCCAUUAAGCAACCCCCUCCAUCUAGCCCUAUGGCCAAAGCCAAGAAAGGGAAAGGCAAACCUGCCUGCAAACCCCUUGCUGUUAUAGAUGUCAUGAAACAUCAGCCGUAUCAGCUCAAUGCCUCCCUUUUUACAUAUGGCCCAGCAGUGGAGGCUGCCGAGGCUGCCAAGGCCGCUGCACCAAAGCCUGCACCAGCCCCUGCCCCAGUCCCUACAAACCAAAACCAAAACCAACCAAUCAGUUAUGAGCAACUUUCCCCUGUCCAGCCGGCUGGACCAAUGAAUUCUGCCUAUCCACAGCAGCCCCAGCAGCCCUAUGGGAUGCCCCCUCAACCACACAUGCACGAUAGUCCCUACCACCAAGUCCCACUUAAUGCUUACCAGCCACCUAAUAACCCCUACCAGCAAGCUCCUGCUGGCCCUUACCAACAACCAUAUAAUCCCCUUUACCAACAAGCCCCUCCAGCCCCUUAUCUACCCCAGCACCAUCCCCAGCCCCAAGCUCCAAACUCUUCCUACCAACCGACCCCCCAAGGUCCAUAUCAGCCAGCCCAUAGCCCCCCUUACCAAGCAGCACCCCAAGCCCCCUACCAGCCACUACCUCCCAGUACCUAUGUGGUCCCCAGCUUUCCGAUAGCGGCAAAGCCUGAGUCCAUCUCUGGGGGCAGCACCGCUCCAAAGCCCAGGUUCAUGGCCAAAAAGAGUUCAGCCCAGGAGUUUGGCCGGAGCUACAAUCUGUCCCCACCCGACGCCAAAGCACCAUCGCUGGGCCUCCGGUCAUCAUCUGGAUCCCCCUUUCCCUCAUACAAAUCCCUGGUACAGGCCUCGUCUGCUCAGGCCCCCCCGGGGAAGCAGACGUCAUGGCUGGACAGGAGUCACAAGCCUCCUUCCCCCUGGGAGGCCGCAGCUCACCACCCCAUGGGCCUGGUUGACGAGGCCUUCGCCUUCCAGAACCUCCAGCAGGCCAUCGCCUUCAACGUUCGCUCGGCUGCCCAGCGCAAACUCCUCCCUGAGCCCCCUGCCGAGUGGAAGGCUAGGGUGUCUGACGACCCUCCCAGGAAGACUGAGGUAUGGAACACGAACCAAAGAUGGAACAAGAGACAGAGCUGGGGUCAGAGCCAGGGUCAGAGCCAGGGUCAGAACCAGGAUCAGAGUCGGAGUUACAGCAGAGUUAUGCCUCCGUUACUGUCCUCGACCAAGAGCAUAGCCUCGGCCCCCGCUGGUCCGACUGGUUACAGGUCCCUGCCCAGACAGUGGCAGCCACAGAGGUCCCUGACGGAGACCAACAUCGGGCCCUCUGGGGCUAUUCAUGGGUACGGAAGGCCCCUUGUGGGCCAGCAGCAGCCGAGCUACAGAUCUGUGUACCACACUAACUGGAGCUGGAGACGCUAGAGGCAGACAAACAUGAUGGUUACUUCAUAACAAGACCAAAAAGUAACUCCAGGAUAUUCAGAUGAAGCUGGUAAUUGUGGCCAUAUAUAUCACCAUUAAAUAAAACUUGGGACAUUGGGAUAACACAUUGAUUGAGGAGAGUGAGGGACUAGCUUUUAUGUUUGUGAUGUGUAUAGGAGAGAGUUUUAGAGGGAGGUCUGUUUUAGAUCUGCUUAUUCGGUUUCACUGAGAAUACUGCUACGAGUAUACAGAUGAUGACAUUCCCGCACCAGAAUUUAGUUGAGAGAGACAGAAUGUUGCAUUGCAUUCAAGUACGCAUAAAUGCCAGACAGAUUAAGCCAGUAAAUGUUUUGGUUUUGGGGACACUGUCAAUGAUGGUUCUAUUUUAGCAAAUGGGCCACUAUUGAGUUUAACUUUAUCAAGUUUUCUUUGGACAAAAAUCAAUGAGUGAUUGACGGUGCAAUUCCACCCUUCUUUUUGCUUCAGAGGCUUUCAUUUCAUCAAACACUGUGAGGCGAUAGUGGCAUUCAAAGUAAGUGAAAUCAAUAGUAUUUCUUUAGAGGACGUAAUGGGCAUAAAGUAUGUUGUAAGGCAGAAUGUGUAAUUGGCAUGUAUAAAAAUGAAAGGAUAGGAGUAAUGAAUGGACAGGUACACUGAACAAAAUAUAAACGCAACAUGUGAAGUGUUAGUGCCAUGUUUAAUGAGCUGAAAUAAAAUAACCCAGAAAUGUUCCAUAUGCACAAAAAACGUAUUUCUCUCAAAUUUUAGUGAGCAUUUCUCCUUUGCCAAGAUAAUCCAUCCACCUGACUGGUGUGGCAUAUCAAGAAGCUGAUUAAACAGCAUGAUUAUUACACAGGUGCAUCUUGUGCUGGGGACAAUAAAAGGCCACUCGAAAAUGUGCAGUUUUGUCACACAACACAAUUCCACAGAUGUCUCAAGGUUUGAUGUAGCAUGCAAUUGGCAUGCUGACUGCAGGAAUGUCCAUUAGAGUUUUUGCCAGAUAAUAUGAUGUUAAUCUCUCUACCAUAAGCCACCUCCAAGAUUGUUUUAGAGAAUUUGUCAGUACUUCCAACCGGCUUCACAACCGCAGACUACGUGUAUGGCGUUGUGGAGGCGAGUGGUUUGCCGAUGUCAACGUUGUAAACAGAGUGACGUAUGGUGGAGGUGGGGUAUUGUUAUGGACAGGCAUGGGCAGACAACGAACACAAUUGCAUUUUAUCGAUGGCAAUGUAAAUGCACAGAGAUACCGUGACGAGAUUCUGAGGCUCAUUGCUGUGCCAUUCAUCCGCCGCCAUCACCUUAUGUUUCAGCAUGAUAAUGCAUGGCCUCUUGUCACAAGGAUCGGUACAUGAUUCCUGGAAGCUGAAAAUUUGAUUUCUUCCAUGGCCUGCAUACUCACCAGACAUGUCACCCAUUGAGCAUGUUUGGGAUGCUCUGGAUUGAUGUGUUCCAGUUCCUGCCGAUAUCCAACAACUUAGCACAGCCAUUGAAGUGGAGUGGUACAAUAUUCCACAGGCCACAAUCAACAGCCUGAUCAACUUGAUGCGAAGGAGAUGUGUUGCACUGCAUAAGGCAAAUGGUGGUCACGCCAGAUACUGACUGGUUUUCUGAUCCACGCCCCUACCUUUUUUGAAGGUACUGUGUCAGUGGCCAACAGAUGAAUAUUUGUAUUCCCAGUCAUGUGAAAUCUAUAGAUUAGGGCCUAAUGAAUUUAUUUAAAUUGACUGAUUCCUUAUAUGAACUGUUGCUCAGUAAAAUCUUUGAAAUUUUUGCAUGUUGCGUUUGUAUUUUUGAAAAGUAUAUAUUUGUGUCAAAGACAUUGAAUGCUGUGGGAAGUAUACCUGCUAUGUUUGCUGUGCAUCAUACAGAUCACCCACUCUCACCAAUGAACACAACACAAGGCCAGUGUGAAAUUGCGGUGCAGUACAAUAAUGUGCGUCGACAAGCUAAAACCUAGUACGAUAGCGUUAGUUGAUAGGACACUAAAGCUUUGAGAAUCACACAGCAGAACACAGGUGGCACGAUAGUGGUUGGUGGCGUUAGACAAAAAAGGGUCAGGUUUGAUGGUUUUAUGAUGUUGAAGUUCAACUGUGGAUGUAUUUACAUUGCAUUCUGAUUUUUGUGGUGUUUGUGUACUCGCAUGUCUUGUCAAACGAAUGAUGCUGGGAAAUGCUUAGGGAGUCAAUUAAAGCCAAGAAAACAAUUUUACAUCCAGAGCAAGGAGCUAUGGACACAGGGCUGAAUACUGAUCUGGGAUAUAAAUCAUAUCUCAAACAUCCACAUAAAUCAUAAAUAUUUAGGUAAGUCCUUUAGAAGACUUUACAUAAAUAUAUCAAGGCCAAGAUUUCAACACUUACUGCAUAGUGAGAAGAAAUACUGCUGAUGCAUUAUGGGUCUAAACCAGGCUUAAAACUUGGGAAAUGGAUAAAUCUAUAACUCAGCAAGUUGGGAAGACAGGUUAUUAAGUAAGCUCUCCACUUAGAGAGAUCAAUUCAUUAUUUUCUCUGGCUGCCUUUUAUGUACUACAUGAACAUGUGGCAGAGAACCAGGGGAUGUGUCCCAAAUGGCACCCUAUUCCCUAUAUAGUGCACUACAUUUGACCAGGGUAGAUCGGGGGCUCUGGUCAAAAGUAGUGAACUAUAUAGGGAAUGAAGGGGAGAGCAUCAAGCUCUCUAAUUUAUCUAACAUGACAUUCUUUCUCCUGCAAGAUAUUUAUCCAAGUGAUUACACUGUGGGCACCUGGAAAAAUAAUAUCCAGGUAUGUAACAGUGUUAACACCAGGCACAUUAGAGAGAAUCGAGUGAGGGAUGGAAAUUAUGUUCUUGGACUUUGAUAUUUGCUGUUGUCCGUGGCUGGUGAGAAAUAGGCUUCGAGGAAAUAGAUAAUGUAGAAUAAAGUAGAAAAUGAAUGAUUGUAUUUUAAUUAUUUGGUCAUGGAUGUGUAUGAAGUUGAAAUUGUGAGAUACAUCACAUGCAUUUGUCUGUGUUACUUAUUUCUUUCAUUACUUUUCAUAGCAGGCCUACCAACUGUAUGUGUGAAUGCGAUGGAUCAAAUUCUGAAUGUUCAUGUAUCAUCUCUUAUUAUUGCAAGAUUUGAAAUUCUUGUCUCACAGAGUGAACACUAAUAUCUCUCUAUCAUGUGAUUUUAGAUGCCCACUGUAUUUGUGGCAUCAGCAAUAUGUUUGAGUGAUAGUGAUGUAUUCAUGGUUUUUCUUUUUUGUUUAUUUUACACAAACACUUUCUGUCCAAACAAUUAGCUAAUGUCUGUUUGAACUGUAUAAUUCCGAAGUUCAAAGUGUUCUUUUCGUUGAUUUUGAUUUCUUCAUUGGAUUUCAGUAGGCUACUAUUCUGAGCUGUAUGAGGCAUUUUGGAAAAUAAAAAAGCAUUGGCCUACUGACUAA